CCCUUCUUCGCGGUGGGACAUCUUCUCCAGGACAUCUUCUUCUCCAGGACACCGUCUCAACUUCGGCAGGAUGAAGUUUGCAGUACUGUUGGCUUUAGUUGGUGUGGCAAGCUGUAGACCAUCUCUUUGGGACGACGUUGAAUAUUCUUACGUCGACGCGGCAGGACGCAUCGUCAAGGUCGAUUACGACGCGGACGAUUACCUGGGUCUUGGAUGGGCCUCUCCCGUCCCUUCCCUCUACAGGGCAGUCUCUACCGUCCCAGCCGCCCUCCCCUACAUGCCCACGCCCGUCAGCACCCAGUACGUCCAUGUGGCAGCACCUGCCCAAGCCGCCCCUGCCCCCCAAGUGGUGCCAAGAUACGUCUACGUCGAUGACGAUUUAGAUGAUGACGCUGUUUACAUGGAGGUCAGCCAGCCGUUGGUGAUGCCCCGCUCAGCUGCCGCCCCUGUGGUACCCAGCUUAGCUGCUGCUGCUGCCCCAGUGAUACCCCGCGUGGCCGCUGCCCCUCUGGUGACCCGAGCAGCUCCUGCUGUCCCUGUGGUGCCACAGCAGCCUUCCCCUACUGCUGUUUUUCGCGCCGCCCCAGUGCCAACUCUCAAGGCAGCGAUCGCUGGAGCCAGCAAUAUCGAAGUCGUGCAUAAGUACAGGAAUAGUGACGACGACGAUGAUGAUGACGACAGCGAAGAGAAGUAAAUGGG